GUGUGAUGAAUAAAUAUGCUGAGCCUUGGUGAAUGGGAAAGGCACACAGGUUGUAGAGCGAAAAAAUGGAAGCAUAGUGUGAAAGUGAAGGCCACAAUGCGAACACUAGAACAAUGGAUUGAAGAGUAUAAGGAACUUGGUUUUGAUAAGAAGCAACUACGAUUCCUUGCAAAAAAGUACGAACCGGUUGAUGCAAAGUGGACGAGUGAAAGGUGUGCAGUUUGUAGGUGGGUGGAAGAUUGGGAAGAUAACAAGAUGAUCAUAUGCAAUAGGUGCCAAAUAGCUGUGCACCAGGAAUGCUAUGGUGCAAAACAUGUCCAGGAAUUUACUUCAUGGGUUUGUAGAGCAUGCGAGACACCUGAGAUCAUUAGAGAGUGUUGUCUAUGUCCUGUGAAAGGAGGUGCUUUGAAGCCAACUGAUGCUGACAACUUGUGGGUUCAUGUCACUUGUGCUUGGUUUCGUCCCGAAGUAGGGUUCUUGAAUUCUGAGAAGAUGGAACCUGCUGUUGGUAUCAUCAAAAUCCCACCUGCUACUUUUAUGAAGUGUUGUGUGAUUUGUAGCCAGAUUCAUGGUUCCUGCACCACAUGUUGCAAGUGUGCUACUCAUUUUCAUGCAACCUGUGCAUCACGAGCAGGCUACAGCAUGGAGUUGCAUAGCCAGUUGGGGAAGAAUGGGAAACAAGUAACAACCAAGUUGAUAUAUUGUGCUGUGCACAGGACGCCGAAUCCAGAAGCUGUUAUCGCUGUUCGGACUCCCUCUGGCGUUUUUGCUGCCAGAAGCUUGCUUCAAAACGAGAAAGGCUUCUUUAGGGCUUCAAGGGUUGUGUCAUCAAACAAGAAUGAAGCCCCGAAACCUAAUCUCUUCGGAGUCUUAGAGUUAGAACCAGAGCCACUCUCUGCUGCAAGAUGCCGUGCUAUCAACAAAUCAGUCUUUAAGAGAGGUGAGCGGCUACCAAUUGUUCAUCGACCAAGGGGACCAACACAUCAUUCAUUAGACGUAGUAAAUAACUUCAGCACAUGUAAACAAGUAGAACAAGGUUCUGAGUUUUUUUCUUCCUUCAAGGAUCGGCUUUCCUACUUGCAGAAAACCGAAAAUCAGCGGGUUUGUUUUGGUAAAUCUGGAAUACAUAAAUGGGGUCUAUUUGUACGUAGGAACAUACAACAAGGACAAAUGAUUGUUGAGUAUCGUGGUGAGCAAGUAAGAGGUAGCAUUGCCGAUCUGAGGGAAGCACGGUACAUGCAACAAGGCAAAGAUUGCUAUCUUUUCAAGAUCAGCGAGGAGGUAGUUAUUGAUGCUACAUGUAAAGGAAACAUAGCUAGGUUAAUUAACCAUUCGUGCAUGCCCAAUUGCUAUUCAAGGCUCAUCGGUGUGGGUGAUGAGAAGAACCGAGUAGUUCUCAUUGCCAAGACUAAUGUUUCGGAAGGUGAAGAACUAACAUAUGAUUACUUGUUUGAGCCGGACGAACGUGACGAGCUGAAAGUUCCUUGUCUAUGUAAAGCUCCCAACUGUAGGAAAUUCUUGUGUUAG